CGGGCCGGAAUGUUUCCGGGCAUAUAUCGUGUGAUAUAUGCCUGCAAACUUUUAAAGAAAAAAGAAGAGAUGAAUUUGAAAGUAUAUAAUAAAAGAGAAGAUUACCAUAUACCAAUGUUGGAAGAUGACCAUAUACAAGUGCAUAUAUAUACGCUUUACCCAUAAAACGGCAAAGACAUUGUGAAUGGUAUUGAAUCGGGUAUGUGUAUAUCUGUUACAUAACACUUCCUGUCUGCUUCAAAGCCCCAGACCUCGAUCAACGAUCAACGCUUGCUCUACCAGUGAAACUGCUAAGACAACAUUAGACUCCCCACAUGAACACCGCUUGCAGUAUGUAAUGCGAGAUAGCUGUCCAUAAGCAAGCCGUACUCAUUUUCUGCCGACGAAUACAGUUAGUUUGUCCAAACAGAGGCAGCUAAGACAGAGUGCGAGUCUGGAAAAUGUCACCACAUCUGCACAUUAUCUCCCCUGGGAGCCUCUUGUCAAUGUCAGCCCGGAUAUCACAAACUGAUGAACCAUACAUGUAGAGAUAUUGAUGAAUGUGAAUCUAAGCACCCACCCAUGUGCAGCCAGGUGUGUCAGAACUUCCCUGGAAGUUACAAGUGCUCCUGUCACCAUGGAUAUGUACUCGAAGAGGGAGGGAAAUGCAGGGUAAACGGAUCUCCUCCAAUCUUUUUACUGGCUCAUGAUGGUGAAAUUCGUGGGUAUGAAAUGUAUCAAAACAGAUCAUUAGCUUCCAGUGCCGAUUACACCCAUCUCUAUGUGAAAGAUCAAGAUAAAAUCAAAAGAAUGGCUUUGGGACCAAAUCAGUUGCUCUACUUCAGUGAUGCUGGUCACAAGAAGGUCUACUCCUCCCACUUGGAAGGGGAGUGGAAAGUGCACAGUCAGGAGGUUAUCAAUGUGGGUUUAAGUGACCCUGAAGGAAUUGAUGUGGACUGGAGUACUGGUCACUUGUAUGUGGCUGACAGUGGUCGAGGGGAAAUUUUGGCCUGCCUGGGGAACGGAGACAUGUGUACUACUGUGGUUUCUCAUCUCCAUCACCCCCGAGCUCUUGUCAUAGACCAAAGGCAUAGACAGCUUUUUUGGUCUGAUGUAGGAGAACCAGCGGUGAUUGCAAGAGCUGGCCUGGAUGGCGGUGGCAGAAUAGCUUUCAUGUCAGACCAUGUGGGAUACAUUAAUGUAAUGGUCCUGGACCAGACGACUGAUUGCCUAUACUGGGUGGACAACUUGUUCCUCAAGCUGGAGAGUGUUCGGUUGGAUGGUUCAGAUAGAAAGAUUUUGAUGUCCUAUUCAAGUCAGCCAUUCAGUAUAGCUGUGUUUGAAGAUCGAAUUUACUGGACUGACCUAAAUCAACAUGGACUGUUCUCUGCCAACAAGUUUACUGGUCUAGAAAUUCAGAAUGAAGUGUCUGAAAUAUUUGGGCAUGUUUCCUUGAUUGUAAUGCAUCCAAUUCUUCAGAUCCCAGAAUCCAUUAACAACCCCUGUGUCGGUGCAAAAUGUUCUCACAUGUGUUUGCCGACAGUGGAAGAGCAUCGGUGCAUGUGUCCUCAGGACAUGCAUCUGGAAAAUAACAUGACCUGUAAAAUAAGCCAACAAGUGCCAAGAAUUUACCUCGGAGCAAAGCAAGAAAUUUUGCAGUUUCCUUUGUUCUCUGUUGGUUACCAAGACUACCAAGUCCGGACUGUGAUUGCUGGAAGUAUGAAGAAUAUUCCAUCAAUGAGUGUCAGUCAGAGACAGCAGACUCUGGUAUUCAGUGACAUCAGGCAUGAUGUCAUCGCAAGAGUCAACAUCUUCAAUGAGAGUAGACUUCCAAGUGAAAGUAUUGUGUACUCCAAAAAUCUACAAUCAGUUGAGAAGUUAGAAGUGGACCCAGUUACAGGCAAUAUCUUUUGGAUUGAUGUCAGAAAGAAAACUGUUGAAGUUGCGAGCCUGAAUGGAAACUACCACACAGUUCUGAUCUCCUCGGACCAGAUCAUUCAGAGACUAACGUCGAUCGCUAUAGAUGUAACAAAUGGAGUGAUGUACUUGUCUCUGGUGGGAGUGAAUCCUACAAUUCUCAGAUGUUUUCUUGAUGGCUCUUCCUGCCAGCCUUUGGCAGUGAAAGUUUAUCAUCCCAAUGACCUUGUCUUGUAUGAAGGUCGGCUAUAUAUAGCUGAUGGUAAUGAUGGAAUGGUACAGAUAAUUUCCAUAGAUGUUUAUGGCCUCAGUAGGUUUUAUUGGUCAACCCUUCAUUGGCAAGGAAAUGGAAGAAUGCUGAAGAGAAUGGCUAUAUAUGGUAACACAAUUUACUGGACGGAAGACAAAGAAACCAGUUUAUUCUCUGUUGAUGUACAAAACAGUGAUGAGGAAAAUAUUGUGCUUCACGACACUCCUCCGCUGAUGAGCAUUACAAUAUCAUCGCCAGACGAAACAGUGGAGACUGCCUGUAGCAUCAACAAUGGAGGAUGUUCUCACUUGUGUUUGCCAGUGUCUGGAGGAUCCAGGGUGUGUAGAUGUAGCGAUGGGUAUCUCAUCCAGACAGACAACACCUCCUGUGCAAUGUGUAAGGAACCAAGCUGCCAAUGUGAGGCCCACAGGAUUUGCUCCAGUACUACAGAGUGUGAUGGCUUUGUCUGUGAUGAAGGCCACUGUCUUCCCGCGGAUGUUAUUUGCGAUGGAGCCACAGACUGUGAAGAUAUGUCUGAUGAAGAGGAAAGUCGCUGUUCUGAUGCCACACCAAAAGAUUGUGAGAUUGGAAGUUUUGAGUGUGACUCAGGUGAAUGCGUUGCUGAACACCUUGUCUGUAAUGGAUUUUCUGAUUGUACGGAUGCUUCAGAUGAAGGAUGGCAUUGUGAAAGUGCAUGCAUUUCACACCACUGUCAACAUCAGUGUGUGGCCUUGCCCUCUGGUGGAGUCUGUAGAUGUCGCCCAGGGUAUCAAAUUUACAAAGAUGGAAAAUCUUGUAUAGAUGUAGAUGAGUGUGAGGAAAACAAUGGCGGCUGUAGUCAGCAGUGUGUUAACACUGAAGGAGACCGAGAAUGUCACUGCUCACCAGAAUUCAUCUCAAACAUCACUUCCUGUGUCCCACCAGAUCCCAAGCCAUACUUCUUGUUCUUGGAGCAAGGUUCCCUAACCAGGUAUGACUUAAACAGUGGAGGAGACUAUGUGACUAUUGGUUUUCCCGACACGUUUCUGGCUUUUGAUGUUGUCAUGUCUAGUGGUGAUAUCAUUGGAAUAACUUCCACAAAUCCAGAGACACUAGUGAGAACAAAUCAGAUUGAUCAGAGGAAAGAGGUACUACUGAGCAUGCUCAGAAGAGUCGUCAAUGUGGCCUAUGAUUGGCUGGGCAAAAACCUGUAUCUUUCUGACAUUGCAAAACCAGCACUAAUAGUAUGCCCAAUAGAUCUUAUGAAGGAUGGAUGUCUGUCACUGCUUCAUGAAAAAACGGGGAGUGUUGCUCUUCAUCCAAUGAAAGGAUUGUUGUUUUGGCUGGGUGAUGAUUCAAUCCAGAUGAGCACAAUGUCUGGACAUAAGAGGAGGCGUAUAGUGGAGUUUGACUUCGCUCUGAUGAGCAGCAGCCUCGUUCUGGAUCAGUUUUCAGACAGGCUCUACUGGAUUGAUCACAUGCAGGGUGUCAUUGAGAGCUGCAAUACUGAUGGAAGUUACAGGAGGAUCAUUCUUUCCCAGCAUUCACAGGGAAUAUACAUGAGUUUCCUCUCCGUUAAUGUAUUUGGAGAUCACCUAUACUUCACUGAUGAAAAAACUCAGUCUCUCUACAGAUACAACCGUCUCACAGGUCAUAAAACCGUACUGACCCAGCACCUCUACUUUUCUCUCCAAGUGAAGGUCAUUCAGCCGUUGCUUCAGAGUCCAGGUUCAAAGUCAACUGUGUGUGCCCAGAAAUCCUGUUCACACCUAUGUUUGCUGUCACCAGAGGGAGCUGCAUGUGCCUGUCCUGAUGGAUGGGACAUUAUUAAUAACAAGACAUGUAUAAGUCCUCACAUGGCUCUUUCUGCCACUUUGAAGACUACAGAAGGGUCACCCAGGGCAUCAACAUCGCCUAUUCCCCCCAGGGCCAGCUCAUCACCUAUUCCUACCUCCCAGUGCAACCUCCUGUGUCUCAAUGGGGGCACCUGUUCUUACUCACAAGUAAACAACAUGGACUACUGCAUAUGCACACCAGGUCACAUUGGUACGUACUGUAAUGAGAAGGAACCGGUGGAGGACAUCACCCCCGGGCCUCGUGAGGAUUCCCCGGCUGUCAUCGGAGGCAUCCUCCUGGGCUCUCUGUUUACUACCAUACUCAUCAUCAGCUGCCUCUGUUACCUGAAGCAUAAGAGAGACAAUAUUGACAGUUCUGAAAUCAUUCACUUCCGACCUCUUUUUCUUAAACGUAACUGUGAGGAUGUUGAGGAGCUGCUCGGUGAACCUCCAGCGAGGACUGCACCUCGAAACUUGGAUGUGGACCAGCAGGACGAGACUUUGAGUGCUAGCAAUAUGGAAGGCCACUGUAGAUUGUCUUGGCAGUAUUCCAGUUCAUCGGUAGACUCAGCAUUUGUUAGCCACAUUGAUGAAAAUGAUAAUCUCACCUCUCAACUUCUUCCAUCAAGCCAGGGGAUGUAAAUACAAGUCUAGCUCACCUACCCACAAUGCUCUUCCUAGAAUUGGUUUACAAGUUGCGCCAAUGUACAUGUUGUUCAUCUUCCAUCACUGCUUUGAAAACUGGCUGCAUUUUUUACACCCCCGCCCCCAAGUCUGAAAUUUUAGACACCCACAUUGAAAACAAUUAGCCCUCAUCCAAAUCGGCAUUUUGUUUUAUUUUGUACGUUAUAUCAAUGAAAGAAUACUUAAAUAAACCUGUUCACUAAUAUAUAUAUUGGCAAGAUAUUUUGCUUAAAGCAUGCGUGAUUAGCUUUUGGAUGAAGAUUGAUUACAAUUCUUUCAUAUCAUAUUCCAAAUAUGAUAAAAUUUAAUAUAUUAAUUGGGAAAGUUUAAUUAUUUCAUGAAUGUUUUUCUUGGAUAUUCUACUUUAUUGAUACUUUACUUUGAUUGUUUAUGUCUACAAUUUGUGAUCUUUAAGCAACAAUUGCAUCUUAUUUGAAUAAAUAUAUUUGAUCUCCUUGCAGAAAAUAAAAUGCUCUCAGAGAUA